UGGCCUCUUCGAUCCUCCUGGAAGACGGACGUGUGCUCUCGCGAGAACACCCUGCCUCCCAGCAGCGUCGUGCCAUCGCGAGACUUCGCCGCAGUCCUCUGCCUGACUCCAGCUGGUCGCGCUGCUUCCUGCCGCGGACGGCUCGCUGUGUCACAGUUCUGUUGCAGUUGGGUUGAGAGCCGCCAGUCGUCAUGGGGAACAUCUUCGGGAACCUGCUGAAGAGCCUGAUAGGCAAGAAGGAGAUGAGGAUUCUCAUGGUGGGGCUUGACGCUGCCGGGAAAACAACCAUCCUCUACAAGCUGAAGCUAGGGGAGAUCGUCACCACCAUCCCAACAAUCGGUUUCAAUGUAGAGACGGUGGAGUACAAGAACAUUAGCUUCACCGUGUGGGACGUUGGUGGCCAGGACAAGAUCCGUCCCCUGUGGAGGCACUACUUUCAGAACACCCAGGGUGAGCCACACCAGCGGCCUUUCACACGAUUGCAAACAGCCUCCAACUCUUUCAAAUGA